UUGUUCUUCUGGAAUAGCGGCCAGCAGGGUUCUACGUUUCUGCAUUUACAGACUUACAGUCGUGCAGUUUCAGUUUCAGACUCCACUGUUUUGGUGUUGCUCCUCCUACUUCUUCCAUGGCCACGAAAGCCUUCGUUCUCUAUCUCUUUUCUACUUUCUCGGUUGCUAUUUUUUCCGUGCUAUUCUUCACCCAUCAGAAUGAUCACAUCUCUUACCGGACCCGCCUUUCUUCUCUCAAUUCCAAUAUCUUGCACUUGGAAGCAACCGAUAAAGUCUGGCCGGAUUUGGCUUUUAACUGGAGAAUUGUGCUGGCCACAGUGAUUGGUUUUCUGGGAUCGGCGUGUGGAACCGUGGGAGGGGUAGGAGGGGGUGGCAUAUUUGUCCCUAUGCUUACCUUGAUUGUUGGUUUUGACACCAAGUCUGCUGCUGCUCUUUCUAAAUGUAUGAUAAUGGGGGCUUCUGCAUCAUCAGUGUGGUACAACUUGAGGGUGCGGCAUCCAACAAAGGAAGUUCCCAUAUUAGAUUACGAUCUAGCACUUCUGUUUCAACCCAUGCUCAUGCUUGGGAUCACACUUGGUGUGAGUCUCAGUGUGGUAUUCCCCUACUGGCUCAUCACUGUUCUCAUCAUUAUUCUUUUCUUGGGCACUUCAUCAAGGUCUGCUUACAGAGGGGUUGAAAUGUGGAAGGAAGAGACCAUCUUGAAGAAGGAAUUUUCAAGGCAACAAGGAGCUCGAGUAGACUCUCGUGGCGAACUUCUUAUUGAUGCAGAAUAUCAACAAUUAGAUUCCAGAGAAGAGAAGUCAAUGAUGCAAAUACUAUGUUUCAACCUCAGAUGGAAAAGGGUGAUGGUGCUAGUUAUUCUUUGGGCUGCUUUUUUACUUCUUCAAAUCUUCAAGAAUGAUACAACUACUUGCAGUACAUGGUAUUGGGUCCUCUUCUGCUUACAGUUUCCUAUAGCAUUUGGAGUUUUUGGAUAUGAAGCUACCAAGUUGUACAAAGAUCACAAGAAGAGAAUGUGCGCAGGGAAUCCAGAAUCAAUUUGUGAGGCUUCAAUAGAAUGGACUCCAAUGCACAUAACAUUUUGCGCACUCUGUGGUAUCUUGGGAGGCACUGUUGGGGGUCUGCUUGGAUCUGGUGGAGGAUUUAUACUUGGCCCUCUUCUACUAGAAAUAGGUGUUAUCCCACAGGUUGCAAGUGCAACAGCUACAUUUGUGAUGAUGUUCUCAGCAUCUUUAUCGGUGGUAGAGUUCUACCUCCUCAAGAGGUUUCCUAUUCCAUAUGCAUUGUACCUCAUAAGUGUUUCUAUAUUGGCUGGCUUUUGGGGACAGUUUUUUGUGAGGAAAAUAGUUACAUUUCUGAGGAGAGCAUCAAUAAUAGUAUUUGUCCUCUCCGGUGUCAUCUUUGCUAGUGCCAUCACAAUGGGUGUCACAGGCAUCAAGACGAGCAUCCGAAUGAUAGAAGAAGGCGAGUUUAUGGGAUUCUUGGACUUCUGUAGCAGUCAGUGAUCGCUGGUAGCAAUGCAGAACAGAUUCUUGGAUAGGAAGUUACACUGUAUAAACAUCAUUAGCAAUUCUUGGCCAACACAUAGUUGUCCAACUCCAUUCAUAUCGUCAUGAGGCAAUAAAAGUAUAGUGAGCAAGGUUUGGUUGCUUGUUAGCUACCGCUAACUCAUGAACCAACUUGUUUGCUUUGCUCCAUCUGGUAUACGUCAGGAUUUUCUUGUUAGCUUCUUACACACAAGAUAAGUGUUCUUUUGCGUAGGUUGUGUUGUGUGUUAUCUACUGGCUAACACCAUCAUUUUCCUACAUUAUGUAAUAUCAUUCAUUCAAUAAAAAAUAAAAAAUACAAAGAUUGGUUUCUGGUGCUGUUCAGGAGAAAAU